CUUCCGGAGAGGCACUGGGGAGGUUUUAGCUCUCCGUUCGUCCUCGUCUUCUCUUCUUCUCGAGCGUUUGACUGAUGAUCUCUCCCUCCGGCUACGACACGAUCGAUCACCAGGCUUUUCUCGGUCAACGACGGUCGCCGGAAGCUCGGUCGGCGCUGCCCGCCGCCAUCUCUCUCGAGGUUCCUCCCUCUGCUCGGUCUUCUCUCCUCAAACACGUACAUGAAAGGCACGAAUUGUACAUACCCAUAUGAAUUCACGUACAGAGAGGGAAGAAAGAUUCGAACUUUGCGAGUUUUGCAGCGAAUUUGAUGCUUUGCGUUAGUGGGUUAUGGGAAUUCGGCAGCGAUUGGGAUGGUAGAUUGAGAAUUUCUGCUUCUGGGUUUUUAGCGUUUUAGUCUCUCAGUCGCUCUGCUUUGAUGGAAGCCAUGGCCGAACAUCUGGGUCGGUCGGGGCUUAGAUACCCGCCUAAAAGCGUACCGUCUUCUCAACUUUUGACGAACCACGCCAGCUUGAGACUGCCGCCCAACUUGCAGCCCCUUCACCUUCAGUUCCCCUCCCAUGUCCAUGCCAAUGACAUCUCCCCGUUGGCGAAGACCGUGUGCGAUAUCCUUGCGCGGGCGUCGCCCGAGGAGAUCGAGGCCUCGCUCGACUCCACCGAGAUCCCUGCGAACCCGAUCCUUGUGGAAGAAGUCCUUAAGUAUUCAUACAAUUACCCCACUUCGGCCGUGAAGUUCUUCCGGUGGGCCGGCCAGAAGCACAAGCACUCUGCGAUCGCGUGGAACCUCAUGGUCGACUUGCUCGGCAAGAACCAGGCGUUUGAGCAAAUGUGGGAUGCUAUACGCUCCAUGAAGCGAGAGGGUGCGCUGUCGAUGGCGACAUUCGCGUCGGUUUUCUCGAGCUACUGCAGUGCUGGUCGGGUCAACGAGGCGGUCAUGAGCUUUGAUGUGAUGGACCAGUAUGGGGUUGAACAGGAUACUGUGGCAGUUAACUCGAUAUUGAGCGCUAUUUGUGCUGAGGACAUGCAGACGAUGAGGGCAUCAGAGGUUUAUGAUAAGAUCAAGGGGAAGAUACCCCCAGAUGGGGAUACAUUUGCAAUUCUGCUUGAAGGAUGGGAGAAGGAGGGAAAUGUGGACAAGGCCAAGAACACUUUUGGGGAAAUGGUUGCCCGCAUCGGAUGGAGUUCGCAGAAUAUGUCGGCUUAUGAUGCUUUCUUGACUACUCUGGUUCGUGGGUCGCAUGCUGAGGAGGCCAUCAAAUUUCUCCAGGUGAUGAAGGGAAAAAACUGCUUGCCAGGUUUGAAAUUUUUCUCCACUGCCCUUGAUAUUCUUAGCAAGAGUGAUGAUUUGCACAACUGUAUCCUAUUGUGGGAUAUCAUGGUCAGUAGUGGGUUGAUGCCUAGCUUGUUCAUGUACAACCAAAUGAUCGGUCUGCUGUGCAAAAAUGAUGACACUGACAAUGCAUUCAGGCUGCUAGAUGAGAUGGUGUUUCAUGGUGCUUUUCCUGAUUCCUUGACACAUAACAUGAUUUUUGAAUGUCUUGUUAAAAACAAGAAGGUCCGUGAAGCAGCCAAAUUUUUUGUUGAGAUGAUCAAGAAUGAGUUGCCACCAACUCAUUCUAAUUGUUCCAUGGCCAUAUCUAUGUUUUUCAACGGCGACGAUCCUGAGACAGGUGUUGAUAUAUGGAACUACAUGAUUGACAACUGCUUCUUGCAUCUUGAUGCAAGUGCAAAUGCCUUGCUUCUUGGCCUCUGCACUUUGGGUAGGUUCUCAGAGUUGAGGAAAUUUGCAGAAGACAUGUUUGAUCGAAGAAUUAACAUCUAUGAAUCAACGAGGGAAAAGUUGAUGGAUGCCUUGUAUAAGGCGGAAAGGAGGAGUGCAAGGGACACAUACGAUUUCCUUUCAAGGAGAUGGAGAGCUUGAAGUUAUCCCCAUACAAGCUUCACUUUCAGAACACUCUCAUGUUUAUAUCUAGUUUUUCCGUCUAUUUUUUGAAGUCCAAAGAAUUGGAUUAGUUGGAGUAAAUAACAAUUUCUUGAUUAAUGGUGCAUGUAUCUCACUUUGGUGAAUGGAUUCCGGUCCUCUAGCACCUUGGAGAGCUUUGUCGAUGGGCAGGCCUACUUCAGACUGAUGGUGGCAGGUGCUGCUUAGUGACAAUUUCGCCACCAUCUAAAUUCAAACAUUUACUAGUAAGUAUGUGACUCUACUGACAGCAGCUAGAGGGAUUAGCUAUGUUGGUUGCCCCUCCUCGCCCUCUCUAUUUCAAUGUAUAAAAAAGGGAAUCUUGAGAUUAUUCCUUUUUGUAACCCUUUUCCGAAUUAUGGACACUUCGAGAUUGUAGAAGUAUUUCCUUUUUAUACUUACUCAGGUGUGAUGUAAAGGGAUUAUACUGCAACUUGGUAGUUCUGUCCAUAUCCCAUGCUCUAGACAAUGACUCCCUUAAACAUCAAUUUUGAACUUCUUUUUGGAAACUUACCCAAACCUCUUGAAAGUUGGAACCGUCUUGAAACUAGUUGAUACCGGUUCCAUGGGUUUUGGGGACCUUGCACUGUCUUAAACCUCUGCGGCGUAUUUGCAAGUGGAAACCAAAAAUGUUGUAA